AGGUCUCCAGGAAACCAUUAUACAAACAGAUGGUUCAUGCGAAGUGGAUAUUUGAUCCAGGAAAAUAAAAGGAAUGUUUAAAGCUGGACAUUUUGGUAGUUAACGUUUACUUUACUCUGCAAUUUUGCUUUAUAAGGAUAGCUGAUUUACCAAUAAAGCUGUGGAAGUUGUUGACGAGAAAAUGAAAGCUGACGACAAACUUCAGAUCCUGAAGUUCUUUCUGAUGCUUGUCAAUUCAGUCUUCCUGAUUCUUGGCAUCAGCAUUUUUGCGUGUUCUGCUUGGAUCCUGUUCGAUACAAACAACUUUAUAAGGGUAUUAAGUGCUGGAGAGGACAUCAGACUGGUGGCUGGGGCGCUUUUUUUCAUUGGACUGGUUGUGGUCUGUGUGUCUCUGCUGGGUUGUACUGGUGCCUGUAUAGAGAACAGAUGUUUGAUCGUAUUUUAUCUGGGUUUCUUAAUUAUCAUCAUACUGGGGCAGAUUUUUGUCACCUUUGUGCUAUUAAUAAGAAGACAAAGUAUCGAGCAAUAUUUGACCAACGGUGUGGAUGAAAUCAUUAUGGAAUAUGGAGGAAAUGAAACACAAACAUCAUGGAACCUUCUAGACAGCGUGCAGACUUCUGCAAAGUGCUGUGGUAGGUCGACACCAGAUGAAUGGAGGAACAAUAGUGUUAUUUGGUCUCUGAAUGGGACAGACAUCUACCCGUGCUCCUGUUUCAAUGAUACCUGCCCUUCAAUCCACCAAACAGACAGUUUUGGAAAGGGUUCAAAUAUCCACAAGAUGGGCUGUGAGACAAUUCUCAGAGAUUGGCUGGACGCAAACAUAAUUGUCAUAUUUGGGAUGGAUGCUGGACUUCUGUUGAUUCAGGUGCUGCAGUUUAUCUUCGGUGUUCACACCUACAAAUGCGUCGGCCGCAAGAGGAGACAGCUGCAUCCGAGUAAACUGCUGAACGCCGUGGAGGAGAGCCCUUCAUCAGUGCCCGUUCACCAGCAGUAUGAAGGCCAUCAGCCUGUAGACCUACAGAUGGAUAUUGGACAUGACAACGGUGGAUACGUUCACGUUGGCUACGAUCACGGCGGAUACGUUCCUGAAAAUUAUGACCAGUAUCACAAUGGUGAACCGUUUUAUGAACCAGACUACAGUCAAGCUUACAACACACCUAUCCACCUGGAAAACCAGCAAGGCAACUAUGAUCAGCAUUAUGUUCACCAUCAGGGAUACAGCGGCGAUGACUACUAAGGCCAGAACUCUUCUCUCGUGUAAUCUGAUCAGAUUGGGACGGGCCAAUUUUAGCUCUCUUGAAAAGAGUAAGCUUAUGUCUACAUUUGACCAAAGACACCUAAUACCUUCACACUUCUUCAAACAGGUCGGCGCUUGUUCUCAGGAGUAUCAUUUGUCAUUUUAAAACAACCAGCAUCUCUUUCUCAAAGAGUUCAUUCCAAACCGCUCACUUCAUAGGAUUUCUUUCAUCAGCAGAUUUGUGAACGUCAGGGUUUUGGCGAUGACAGACAACCUACUUUUUUCAAGCAGACCUUUUUUGAUCUCCAUUUAUUUGAAUGCCCCUUUACAAGUUGACAUAUAUUGUAUAACUGUAGAAGUUUAAUUGUAUAAAAAUACUGACCUGAAAUCCUAAAUGACAAAGACACAUAUUAUAAACAUUUUCAAACACUGACAUACGUAUGCAAAAAGGCACACAACAUGUAUGCAUUUCAUUGCAUAGAUUACAAAAUAUCAAACCAAUAUCUGUCAAUACAUUAUGAUCAGAAGUAGUUUCACAUUUCCAGAUGUAUGAAGUCAGUUUAAGGAUACACAAAUAACCUUCAACUAACUCACCAGAUGAACUACGGAGAUAUUUCACAAUGUCUGACAACCAGAAAGUGUCUAAAUACUUUGUUAAUUGUUAACUUUAGUUUAUGCCAUAUUCUGUUAUAUAAUACAAAUGGCACUCAUACAGUUAAACUGGCUUAAAUGUGAUAAUGCUUUGUAAGUUGUAUUGAUGAAUAUGUAUACAUUAGUACUCUUUUUAAAUAAAAAAACCCCAAAUAUA